GAGUUUAACCACCCUGGUUGAAAAUCUUGAUAUAGAUACAUACUACGCUAAAUUAUCCGGUGGUGAUAACUUAUUGAUUAUUUAUUUUCAAGGCAGGUAUCUCUUGAAAAAGGGAUAACAUACAUAGUAAAAUGUCCAGUAUGGGAGAUCAGCGUGGAACUAGAGUGUAUGUAGGCAAUCUGACUGACAAAGUUAAAAAGGACGAUCUCGAGGGAGAGUUCACAAAAUACGGCAAGCUGAAUUCAGUUUGGAUUGCAUUCAACCCCCCGGGCUUCGCCUUUGUGGAGUUUGAGCACCGCGACGAUGCCGAGAAGGCAUGCGACAUACUUAAUGGCUCCGAGCUGUUGGGCUCCCAGCUCCGUGUGGAGAUUUCCAAGGGCCGCCCGCGUCAAGGUAGGCGUGGUGGAGGCUCCGUAGAACGCGGACGACGCGGUGACUUUGGCAAGCACAGUGCGACCGGUGGCAGCAGCAGCGGCAGCUUUAAUCGCCGCGAGGUGUACUUCAACCGACGAGAGGUGUACGGCGGGGGACGGGACAGCAGCCGCAGAGACGGAAGUAGCAGCGGCAGCUCCAAUCGCCGCGAGGUGUACAGCGGGGGACGGGACAGCAGCCGUUAUAGCAGCGCCAGCUACGGCCGUAGUGGUGGACAAGGAGCUGGACGCUUCCGUUCCCGUUCGCCAGCUAUAUAUCCUCGAUUCUAAUAACAACACCACGACUCAUAGUUGCUUAAGGCUUACAUAUGAGUAAAGAAUAAUAAAUAAUAACUUAAGUGCGACCGCAAAAAGUACACCCUCGAAAUAUUUAAAAUUGUAGCAUUUGAUCGUAUUCGAUCAACAAAAACCAUCAAACAAAAACUGAUAGUCGUCGUUUCUUCAUUAUUUAUUUAACGAAUUGCGGGUAAAGUGUGUAAACAUUUCGCCCAUAAAAAUGACAAUUGCAAGCACCUAAAAUUUAAGUUAUUUAAAGUAGAUAACUUAGUAAGAAAAAGCCUACGUUAAGACUCGAACUACAUACGUCGAAACCAAAUUCUAGAAGUACGCAAUUUUAAUAAAGGAAAUGCGUCAAAGUUUUCGUAUACGUACUCAAGCUUUCGCAAAAUAAUUGGUCAAACAAUGACAAGAUUUCUCUAAGCAAUUAA